UACAAACGGUCAACUGAGUCAACUCGUUCAGUGAUAUUUCGUGGGAGGACACGGCAUGUCACCAUCGUGAUAAAUACACCACUUUAAUUUAGUCAAUUGACUAAUUCGAAAAACAAUAAACGUCUUUAUAUGAUCCUUGUUCGGAACUCAGUUUAUUUCAUUGUCAAAACGAAGAUGCAAACACUUUUCAUUCAGCUUUAAUCAGCUACAGUGGCACUGCGACACGCGCGCGCUUCGAGCAUCGUGAAGUUUCGGAAAAGUUACGAAUAGCUCACGAUGCGAUUUCGUCGUCACCCGGAUUUGUGAUUUUGCGAAAUCGCUAAAAAUAAAACUAUCGUCAUCGUAGACUUUCGGAUGAAUUGAUUUACGUUUCAGUAACGGAAGUAGCCAGCGAGGAAAGGGAUUCCCCUUAGUGUGCUUAUUUCUUAUGUAAAACAUAGUAGGUUCGGUUUGUUAUUUUAAGCGCGGGAAAAUUUUCCUUGUUGCUCGGUGACGCAACACUCUUGAGCGGAAAAUGGGGCCCAGUGUGAUAUAUAAGCCGGUGCGCCCCUGGCAAAUUUCAGAUCAAAUUAUUGCCGUCUGACUGAGUGGGAGUCAAGGCGUAAAAAAGACAGAGACACUGAAGUCAGUUGAAAAGCGUGGGAAUAACUGCAAACUAUGCUGUGUUCAAUUAUGAAGAUUUCCCUGGCAGUCACUGUCUUACUCUACGUCUUUCAAAUGAUCCGCUCAGCGCCCUGCGGUGUGAAGUCAGUGACACCGCGAAACAUAGUAGAGAAAGUUUCAAAAGCUGGCUGGUUGUUAGUCAAGCGAAACUCAUAUCAAGAACUCCGAGGGAGUUUGAAUAUUCCUCCUCGCCUGAGGAGGAGUAUAAACCAAACGGGAUCGCGUUACUGCAGGUGGACUACUGAACUUGAUGAGAACGUGAACAGAGAACCAAGGUACUUACCGAAAGCAGUGUGUAAAGGCUGUCAGUGGUACUGCAGACCAGUGGACUAUGACCACCGGGUUCUUGUAAGAGAUUGUCCUGCGUUAGAAACUCGCAGAGAAAGAAUAGACGUGUGGAAAUGGGAGAAAGCAACGCUUCCUGUUGCGUUUGUGUACGACCCUAAUCAUCGUUAAAGAGGAAAAACUGAAAACACGAAACAUCCGAAAGUUCUCUAACAGUACCUGAGCCGUCACGUAAAUGUUUUAAAAACUUCGAACGUUGCGUGACAAAAAUUUAAGAACGCCUUGUACUCAAGAAUAAGAGGAAAAAGUAGAAGAAUUGAGAAGAAGAAGAAGAAGAAGAAGAAGAAGAAGAAGAAGAAGAAGAAGGACAAGAAGAACAAGAAGCACAAGAAGAAAAGAAGAAAAAUAGAAACAAUUAGGUCACCGAAAAUUUAGUACAAUUUUGUUUAGUUAGAUUCUAUAAAUUUUUGCAAGGGAAAGCACUGUCAAAAGGUUAGGUUUUAUUUAUAUAUAAGAAUAUUUGGUAUCAAUUUGAACUGAAAGCAAUUAAUUUAUUGAACAACCAGCAAAUUACCCCACGCCUAAUAUAAUCCACGUGUAACGCCCAGUACCGUGACAAUCUGUACUGCCAAAUGUAAGAAAAUUUUGUGCAAAGCACAAAGGUGUGGUUAACUCCAAGAGUUAUUGAUAAGUUGUCUCCAACUGGAAACAGUGUUAGUUAAAAAUAAGUGCACAGUAAUUCGGUAUUUUAUUUUAUAUUACUUCAUUCCGUGUGAAGCCGUCUUCAUGUUUCCGAUUUAAAAAUUAUUUAUAUAUUUAUAAGUCUCGAUGUGCUGAAAUAUUUAUGAAAUGUUCCGGCUGUAGUGAUAUAAGGAUUACAAACGUUAAGUUUACAACAAAACUUGAAACUAGAUUGUCUCAGAUUUAAACUUUAGAGUAGAAACCACCAUGUCAAUAAAUAUGGUGAUAAUUAGCUGAUUAAAUUCCUGUUUGAAAUAAAUGUUAUUUUAUUACAUAUAUCUUCCUUGUUGCUGGAAAGUAAAAGUCACUUGAUCCGAAAUUAGAGGUUUUGGCGUGAUCGUAAUCAAAUUUUCUUACAAUCGCCUUAUCCCCAUAAAUACACGUUUGUGGUCGGUCGGAAAUAAAACUUCCUCAGAAACUGUUAUGAAAUAUGAGCACUUAAGCGUGCAAAGGCGUGGUGUAAAAGAAGAGUUAUCCUUCCUGUAAACAUAUCACGCGUGCUUUCAAGGAACUCCAAGCUUUCAAUAAUUCCUUUGACGAAGACAUCGUUAACCUAGAUGUCCUCAAAGCGGUGGAUAUGCUGAUUGCGGAGUGAGGAGGUGAGAGUGGAGGUGGUGGU